AUGACGGACAACUUCUUCGAAGCAGGUUGGGAUAUUGGUUGCGCUCGCUACCUUGCGACAUGCGGGAAGGAUAGCAAAGUAUCCUUGGUGGAGGAGGAAUGGCAGUUGUACGUUCGUGGUGCCGUAGCCGAAGUGGACGAACACGCCGCGGCAGAUUGGAAGCUAGGAUUCAUGUCUGGCUUCAACUCUCGGGGAACGAACCAUGUAUCGGUCGACCGCGACCCGUCGCCGCCACCUUCCAGAUCGACGUCUUCACUUCCAGGCGUACAAUCGCUGUCAACACCUUCUAUGGAAGACCACUCGGGGUCCGAGAUGCAAGUCUCGGAAUGCUCGGCGACAGCCGCUUUCAAGACCGAGGAUGGCGAGAACGACGAACUAGAGCAUGAAUCUACCGAUCCAUCACAUGCGGAGCUAGCAUUGUCCCUGCUCGGUCUUGUUGUCAUCGAAUGGGAAGGGCGCUACAUGGCGCGUGAGCGUUACGAUUCAGAUAGGACGAACGUAAAUCCCGUCGUGAAAUACGCCACGGUCGCUGUAUGUGAUAGGGACUACGUGGGCGGAGGAAAUCACGCAAAGAUCAAGUGUCCUGUGUGUUCAGAGACGUUCGUGACGAUGCGGACUGUCGAGCGCCAUAUCGACGGUUACCGAUUUGAAAAGUACCCCAAGAAGGCUCAAUUCCCAUUGGCUCACUUCGAGUAUGCGAAUAGCGGUUGGUAUGCGAAGCAUAGGUUGUCCAAACGGCAGCGGGACCCGGGAUCGUGUACCUUGUGCGGGAAGAAAGUCAGCGGUGGGAGAGAGGACGCGUUGAGGGUACAUGCGCAGUCGUGCAGCAAGGCACGCAAGGCUACGGAAUGUUCUGACAAAUAA